AUGGAAACAAAAGAAGAGUGUAGAGAAUACGAAGACUUGCUGCCGGUGAUGGCUGAUAAGCUAGAUGCCGGGACCUUCAUGGACGAGCUCUGUGGUGGGUUCCGGCUCCUGGCUGACCCCACCAAAGGGCUAAUCACGCCCUCGAGCCUGCACAAGAAUUGCUCGAUUUUGGGACUGGAAGAGAUGAGUGAGGAAGAUGCUGAGGCCAUGGUUCGCGAAGGAGACCUUGAUGGAGAUGGGGCCCUCAACGAGUCAGAGUUUUGUGUUCUCAUGGUCAGACUCAGUCCCGAGAUGAUGGAGGAUGUCGAGGUUUGGCUCGACAAGGCCAUUCAAGGGGCAUUCGUGUAG